ACACAAUCAGCUGAUGGCGGUUUCUAAUGUUGACUGCCGUGGCAAAAACAUAUUCAAUGUGAAAGAUCCUCGAUCAAUAGAUCCUGAACAGCAAGAUAUAACCCACUUUGAAGUACUUAAACGAGAAGACUGAGAUGCCAAGAUGAGCAACGCUUUGAAGGCCAAGGAUUUACUCAUGCGCGCCGUGGAAUGCGACCAGUUGGGCCGGAUCUUGGAGGCGCAAACUCUGUACACGGAGGGGAUCGCCGAGUUGAUGCAGUUCGUCAGUGGGGAACCGGAUGAAGUCAAGCGGAAGGGGUUCCUCACCAGGAUCAAGGAGUACAUGGAUCGGGCGGACGCGAUUAAGGCGCGUAUUAAUGGCAAACUAAUGCUCGGCGAGGUGGUUUCCCACGUUUCCAUCGAGGAAAAUGACACGGGCUUCGAUUACGAUCAGCUCUUCGGAAAAUACAUGGACGACAAGACAAUCGAGAUAAUGCUGGAGGAACCCUAUAUGACGCAGAACUAUCAGUAUCAGAAUCUAGUGAGAUUCUUGGAGCUAGCUGCCACAAACUGCCCAAACCUGAAGUAUUUUCGACUGAUCACCAAGGAGUACCAGGAUGCAAAGAAUCCGGAUCAGCAAAGUACAAAUCUUGGACAGAUCAAGGCAGACUUGGACCGGCGAAACGUAGCCGUCUCCAUAAAAUACGAAGACUCGUUGCACGAUCGCAAAAUCUACUUGAGCAAUGGCUUCAUUAUCAAGAUUGGGCGAGGUCUGCACUUCUACAAGGCCUCCAAUCCCAUGUAUUCCAUUGGCCUGGUCAACUACAAAUUCCGAAAAUGUCUGCAAACCGAUGUGGAUAUUUGGCGCAACAGCAGCGCAGCAUCCUAAAAAAGACAAACAAUAAUGUUUAGCUUUAAGUAAUGCAACUUCAUUUAUGCUGGCUUUUGCCAAAU